AUGAAGAUUUCCUAUGCAAGUGCAGCAGUGCUGCUAAACAGUACCUUCGCUGUUGCUCAAUCGACGAAUGGCACCGGUGUAAAAUGUCCUUCAACUUCAAAGUUCUCUGCCAUUUCGGCUGGUGCCUUCUUCGAAAAGUUGAACCCAGGCUGGAAUGUUGGUAACACGCUUGACGCUGUAGAAACCGAAGGCAGUUGGAACAAUCCGCCAGUCGUCGGCAGCACCUUUGACGAUGCGAAAAGAGCUGGCUUUAAGAGCAUUCGGCUACCCGUAACCUGGGCGUACCACUUCACUUCUCAAUCACCAGACUGGACCGUGGAUCCCGUAUGGCUGCAACGUGUAUCGGAUGUUGUGGACAUGAUCACAGACCGAGGGCUGUAUGCGAUUGUUAAUGUUCAUCACGAUUCCUGGACUUGGGCCGAUCUUACGCAAUCCAGCACGAACGUAACGGCUGUUGAAGAAAGGCUUGGAAAGCUUUGGAAGCAAAUUGGAACCAAACUGGCUUGCAAGAGCGAGAAGGUCGCUUUUGAAACGAUCAACGAGAUCCCUGGGACUACCGCUGAGCAUGGCGCUGUCAUUAACCGCCUGAACGAUAUCUUCCUUCAGGCUAUUAAUGAUGCGGGAGGCCACAACCCAAAGCGCGUUGUUACUCUCGUUGGUGCUGGAGAAGAUGGAUUGAAAACGAUACAGUGGUUCAAGAAGCCUGACCCCAAGUUCAAGAAUCCAUGGGGCAUCCAGUAUCAUUACUAUUCGCCUUAUGACUUUGUUUUCCAAGCUUGGGGAAAGACCACAUGGGGCUCCGACGCCGACAAAGCUGCCCUCGAAGCUGAUAUCGCCGCUGUCCGUGGAAACUUCUCUGGCAUCCCACUCGUAAUUGGCGAAUGGGCAGUAUCACCUGUCGCCACCGAGACAGCAGCACGCUGGCGAUACUUCGAUUUCUUUCUCCGCACAGCAGCGAAAUACAACACCACAACUGUUCUCUGGGACAACGGAGCCGAUUUUCUGGACCGCGCAACACAUCUCUGGCGCGACGAGGUAGCUCUGGAUAUCUACCGUAACGCAGUAAAAGGCAUUGCAAACGCGCUACCAGAGAGCACAACCGAUGGCUCUGCAACAACACAAUCGAGUUCCGCAUACAUCUACCACCGCAAGAACGAAACCGUAGGGGACGUUACGCUAGGCUUCGCUUUCAACGGAAACACACUUAGCAAGAUCAGCAGAGGAAGCAAACAAUUAGCCAAAGGCAAGGACUACAGCGUCUCGGGCGAGAAGAUUACGUUUGCAGCAUCAUAUCUCAAGACGAUACUCACUCCCACUUCGCCAACCGGUACCCUAGCAAACUUGACCCUAACGUUCAAUCGCGGCGCCGCUCUUCAAGUCAACGUUCUCCAAUACACCACACCGACCCUCUCUAACACCUCCGGUCCCUUGCCAGCAGCGGGCCAGGACUUACUUAUCCCAAUCACGUGGUCGGGGCAGAAUAGGCCUGCGGCUGUUAAGGCUGUCAAAGCCGAUGGAACAUAUCUGGUGGACGAUUGGACACAGUACCUAGGGCCGUUGCAGCAGGGACGCAUGACUUAUGAUGGUCAGUGGAACUGGGAUGCAGGACAUGUUGUUAUCAAGGUGGCAGCUCUAGAUGCUGUGAGGGCAGCGAGCAUAGACACUACAUUUACCAUUGAGUUCUAUCCUAGAGAACCAGGAAAUGCGGUAGAGUAUACAGUUACUGUAUAA